GUUUCUUGCACAAGCAAAACACAGGAACUUGGAAAACAGCCACGUAGAAAUUCAAAUUGCACCAAGGCAUUCCUUAUAGUGUGUGUUUGAGGUGAAAUCUAAAGCAAGUGGGUUAACUGUUGUCCUGUAGCUCUCCCAUUCUCUUACUAUGUGACCAGAACAGCUUUCCCGGGAUACAGACAGCACUCAAACAGCUGUUGACUAAUGUGUGAAUGGAAUAGCCUGGGUGAAGUGAGUAAAAUGGACACAGACAGAGCUCUGGGAUAAGAAUUCCUUUAUUUUCUCAUCCUGUUUAUUUAUGUCAGAGCUCAGACGUGGCUCAUGCAAGAGAGAAACCUGUGCAGACCCGUGCACAGCCCAUGUUUUGCUGGGGACUGUGGGAAGGGCCAUGUCCUGGUGUGCAGGUGGGUGUUUGCUGCACACUGAACCACCAGAGCUCACCAGCCCGUGCCAGGCACUGUGGGGAAUGCAGUAACCGGCCUCCUGCCAGAGCCAGCUCGCCAGGAUCCUGCUGGCCAUUAUCAGAAUUGUUCCUUUAGCAGCUGUCUGCAGUUUCCUCUUUCCACAGAAACACCAGGAGCGAAGAGGAAGCGCUUUUCUUAGUGUCCUGCUUCCAGCUGCUGCACGCAAAAGUCACCCUUCAUCCCUCUUACUCUCACUUCUCUCCUGCAAGCGUGUAGCUAGUGUUUGUCUCUCAGCUGCAUUAAUCCCUUGGUUUUCCUAAUUUUCACUUAAAGAAACUGUCACUUUGGUGCUUCUGCUCUCUAAGGUAUCCAGUGCGAGACAGCUCUGUUGGUUCUAACUCCUUAGUACUUAAUUUCAUCUGUAUAAAACACUGUGAGGUAGACUAGUAGCUUCAGCAAAGAACACUUCUUGGCUCUAGAUCAAAUUCCCUUGAUCACAGCUGCAGUUCUAGUCCAAACAAUAUAAAAAGACAAGAUAUCCUUGAGAAGAGUUUGGUGAUCCAGGGACACAGGGAGAGUGGCCAGGGAACAGCCUUUCUCAAAAGCUGUAUUUCAGAAUUCUGUCAGAGUGAGCCUUGAGUCUGGGAUGAGACAGUUUCCACACUACUUUUUAAAGUGAUUCUGCAUUCUGGAUGUUUUGUCUAUAUUGCAAAAGCCCAGGUGCAUAUGGAAUUUUUAAGAGUCAGAUGAAAAGAGACUGCAACUCUAUUUGGCUCAACUAUGUAACAGUAGGACAGUUUUCCAAUACUACCAAAUUAUUGCUGCCAAAGAAAAUUUGCCAAAAGAUGCUCUGAGCUGCUUCUAAGUAUUAGAACCAGAAAUUUAUAAUUAAAAGCUUGAGUAGUUCUUCCUAGGAAUCUUAUUUUGCCAAGUCCUUUCUACUUACCACAGCGCUACAUAUCCUAUGUAAGCUUUUAUCCAAUUGCUGUCUACUAUGGCAAAAGCAGGUGUGGGAAGCAGUCUGGGGCAAUGGUUCUGGUAGUUGUGUGAGCUCAGUGGCGCUGACAAGUUUCACUUAUGGUAAUCAAGCAGAUCUGGAAAAAAGAGAACUAGAUUUCUGUGGCGAAGUGCCGCCUCAGUCACACCCCGUCAGCGGCAGCUCAGCCCUGUACACUUGUAGCUUGCCUGCAGCUCUGCCUCUGCUGCAGGAGACAAACAGCCCAACCACGGGCAAAAAGAUCAGAUUGGACUGAAGGGCACCCACAGCUGUGUCUGGACAUGGUGUGCUAAGAAGCAAACAAAGAAGUUUACCUAGAAGAUAAGUUUUCUUGAAUGAGGAGGGUGAGCGGGAGUGUUCCUCAUCUUCAGCCACGAUGUUGUCUUAUGUCUGCAUGAACUGGAUUCUUCUGGUCCUGUUUACAGGCCCCACAGUAUCAGAAAUAGUGAUCGGAGAGGUUGGUCAGAACGUCACCGUGCCCUGCUUCUACAGCGUCCGGAGGACACAAGACAUCACAUCCAUGUGCUGGGGUCGGGAUAGCUGCCCUAAUUCACAGUGUUCUCGGCCCAUUAUCUGGACAGAUGGAUGGAGGGUGACAGAGCAGUACAGCAGCAGGUACCUAUUGCGAGGGAACCUGACGAAGGGUGACGUUUCCCUCACGAUUGUGAAUGCCGAGGAGGCAGACAGUGGGACUUACUGCUGCCGUGUGGAGCACCGGGGGUGGUUCAACGAUCAAAAAACUAAUCUCAAGGUUGUGAUAAGGAAAGCUAGGAUCUCUACUGCAAGUCCUCACACUUACACCUCUGAACAGACAUCAGCUCCUGGAAGCACCAGUGGAUCCUCCUUUACCGUCACAGAAACGUGGCCAGCAUCUGCCUCAGAAGCUCCUGAGAAUGCCUCUGGUCCCUGCUCUGACACCUCAGACUGCUCAGAUGUUACUGCAAACCUGCAGAACACCUCUGUAUCGCUUCCCAGUCAGCAGUAUGCAGAAAAUGGUCUGUACAUUGGGAUUGGGUCAUGUGCAGUACUUCUGGUCAUCCUGAUUUUGGCUCUGUUCCUCACUAAACAAUACUUUUACAAUACGAAGAAGAUGGGUGACUUUGCAAAGCCCACCUAUACCCUGAGAAGCCCUUGGGGUGGAAAGUCUCACUUCCAGGCAUCUAAAACAACUGAACAAAUAAUACCCACUUUGUAAAGUUAAUUAAGUCCUCUUCUUAGCUUAUGGAGAAGUCAUGGACAUUGCACGAAAUAUUGGUUUGAAGUUGGCCUGCCUUCACACCCCUGUAAAUACCAAACAACUAAUUCAUAAGAAUGCUGAAUGUAUUUGAUGGAUUUUAGCCCAUAAAUACAGAGAAUCUGUGGUUGAAGUCUUUCCUCCAUUGCUCCUCAGUUAGUGAUGUGUCUCAGCUCUUACUCUCUGCAAAACUAAACUUUGGUUUACUUUAAAUAAAAAAAAAUGGAGGCAGCCCCAUGAGUAUGAAUCAAUCCCUUAAGCAGGAGAUAAAAGACCAAAAUCAUCUUUGAGUGGAAGAAUAGUUUUCAUCAAUUGUUUUUAAGAACACAUUUUAAACAGGGGCUGGGGACUGAAAGAGCAGAAAAGUAGCAGACGCAGGAGAGAGACCAACUCUUACCAAAUAUUGGUCAGUACAUUUUGCCCUGAAGCCCAUCCCAAGCAGCAGUGUGGAAUUAUCUAGUGCAGACAUUGUUGUCACGGGGAAGAUUCACAGAUGUACCACAGACUUUCUACCAUUGAGUUAUUUUUCAGCUUCAAAAUCAUUUUCAACUAUGCAAUGAGGCAUAAAGUGGAGUAAUGAAAUCAGCAGGUAUUUAUGUCAACAGCUGAGACGCUUUGAGGCCACGGUCUGGUUGUAUUUAAGGGGAGCCGGGGGUCAGUGGAGCAGUUACCCCUCCCUCUCCCAGCUGGUAGAGAGGGGAGGGCUUGGGUUGGCUGGGGAGGGGAGUGGUUCCCCAAGAGCCCUGGCUGAGGUGGGAUCUUGCAGGUGAGUGUACUUGCAAAUAGUCACAAAGGAGGGAAAGGCUCCUCAUCUUGUUGAGGAAGGAAGAACUGGAAAGCAAACUGGGACAGGUGACCCUGGUGUGCUCUGUGUUUAACUCGUGCUGGGUGUUCUCUUGGGGCUGUCUGUUGCAGCAGGGCUGAAAGUUUGAAAAUGUGGAGGUGGGUUCAUGGCUGACUGAAGUCCUCCAUGUGGGAGCAGAGCUAUUACUGUUCCCAGGGGCAGGAAAAUUACAGACAACACCAGCUCUGCCAUCUUCUGUCUUCCUGUCAUGUGUAGCUUUGUGUAAGAAGGUACUGAAACUAGAAAGCACCUGCUGGUGUUAGGCUGUAUUUCUGCAUUUGACUAUUAAUAACAAUUACUAACCUAAAAUCACUGCCUCUGCUGAAGACAUUGCUUUUCUUCUGCCUGGCAGAACGUGUUGCUGCUGUGGGCUCCAGCCCAUGACUGGAGAUGGAGGAAGUCUGAUUUGGUCUCUGAACUAGAUCUCAGACAACAUCUUCAGCAAUUUCUGCUUUCUGCAAUUUUAUGAAAUUGGUCUCUGCUGGGGUCAGAGUUAGACACUUGUAGGGUUUCCAAAAUCAUCUGAUUGCAACCCUGCUCUUACAGGGUUUGUGGGCCAGCUUUAAGACUGCUAAUCAUGAAAAAUGCUUGUCCAUAAGGGUUUUUUAAAUAUAAAUAUUUCAGACUAAAUCAGACUAAUUAUUAUAUCAGCAACUU